AUGUUAAAUAGUUUUCAUUCUACUUAUCAUAAUAUUCUUGAUCGUCGUAGUCUUUUAUCACCACCAUCAUCCUCAUUUAAAUUAAUUCGUCAUCGAAAUUCCUUGUCAUCAUCAUCCAUCCAAGGCUUGCUAAAUAAUGACGAUACUGACACACUGACUCGUUUAAAUCUGGGUGUGAAUGAUGAUUUGAACUUUGAUUGUCUCAAUGCUGGCACUAAUAAUCAAUGGUGUGCAGAACAAGCCGUUGCUUUGACACCAUCAUCUGAACAGCAAACAUCCUUUGCUACUCAAGUAGAAAAUAACUCCAAUACUCAGCAACAGCAUCAAGAAGUGAUUUAUCCUCCAGAAACACGUGCUGAUGAUGCUAAUCAAAUUUUGUUGAAUAUUUCGAAUUAUGUUGAAGAACAGAAGACAACAUCUUCGUGGAGCGAUGGCGGUUAUUCAUUCCUAGAAAGUCUCGAUUUAGCUUAUGGACGAAUCGAUCCAUUUCAACAACAACAAACUUUUAACAUCAAUCAACAACCGUACACAUUCAAUUCAGAAAUUACAGUCGAUGAUAGCUUCCUUGAUAGAAAACAAACGAAUCAUUUGUUUAACAAUAAUUUAUUUUCUCGAUCGCGUUUACCAUUAUUCAGUGAAGAUCCUCAAGAUCAACAUCAACAAACAUUAUUAUCACGAACAAAAUCUCUUCCACUUAAUAAUCAUGACACUGCAUCCACACUUUUGAGUUUCGAUGAUCAGCCACAAUUACAAGAUGAACUAAUUGAGGAUAUAUCAACACCAAUACGUUCAACAACACCCGAUAUUUAUUCAAAAAUAAAUAUUGAUGGUCAAGAACAGCCAUCAUAUUUCAGUGAAGUUCGCCGUCAUUCAGAUUCAUGUAAUACAGUGGCAACAAUACAUACUGUGUCUCCAUCGUCAACUUCUUUCGAUGCACCAACAUCUUCAUCUUUACCUAUUCACUACACACCAUUGAUUGACAAGGAUAGUGUAAAUAAAAACAAUCAACCCAAUAUACAAUGUGUAAGGAUCAUUCGACGACAUAAUACAGCACAAACACCUAUGCAAAUCAACAAAACGGUAAUGAACAGUAACGAUGACACAACGGCCAAAAAUGUUUUCUCUUCAACUACCGAUGGAAAAUAUCGUGUGGUGCGAGUCAUUCGCUUGAAAGAUAUUCAGCGAAAUCCCACAGUACAAACUGAUACAUUAAAUCAACAAAAAUCACCGUCAUCAACAUUGACCGAUCAGUUACUAGAAACGGUCUCCAUCGAUAAUAUCAAAAAAGCAACAUCUCAAACACAAAAUAUUUUUGUUGUUAAGAAUGUUAGUAAUAAUAGUACUACUAUUAAUAGUAGUAAACGUGAUAAUAGUAAAAAACCACAACGUUCCAAAUAUCCUCCAGUUCAUGUGAAUCCAGCAGUAAAUCAUGUGAUAACGAAGAAUAAUCAUCAUAAAAUGUCAGAGUACAAGCCAACGGUGGAUGAUAAACACAAUCAUAAACUAUAUGGAUCAAAUAUUGCUAUAUUUGGAAUAGAGUUUACUGUUUGUUCGAAUCCAAAUGGCAUUCAUGAUAGUGCAUUAUUAGUACAAAAAACUACAGAUUCCACUCAGCAACAACAACACAUGUUAAAUAAUCAACAAUACAGACAUAGCGAAAAACAAGAAAUAAACAGUCAGCCAAAGAUUCAUGAUAUUCACAAACUUUUUUCUCGAAUAUAUCGUUGUGUGUUGUGUUCAGCUGAAUUUGACGAAUAUGAACAAUUUGUUCUUCAUGGUAGUGGACAUUUGAACGAUUUAUCUUUGAUGCCAACGCCAACAACAGAAACAUCUUCUGUCUUUCGUCGACGUUCCUAUUGUUGUUUAUUACCAAAUUGUCAUGAACGAAUUGAGAGUCCAACAGAAAGUCCAAGAAUAUUAGAUCAAUUGUUUCGGCGUCACUUAUUAAGUCAUGUUGGCACACAUCCAUUUAAGUGUCAAGUAUGCAAAUCUAAAUUUCAACGUAUUCAAAAUUAUCGUGCACAUCUCCUAAGUCAUAAUGAAACGAACAGUCAAUUGUUACAGUGUAAAAAUUGUUCAAAGAAGUUUACAACAUUUAAACAGUAUAAUUUUCAUGUUCGAAAAUGUUUUAUUUCUCCCUAUACCACACCAAUCUAUAAAUGUUAUACAUGUGGUGAAAAUUUUGAAAAAGAGGAUAGUCUGACAUUGCAUAUGAAACAUAUGCAUUCACAAGAAAGAAGAAAACAACAACAAGUAACAACAGUAGCAACAACGACCCCGAUAAUGGAUAAUGAAAUGAGAAAUACUAAAGAAUUGCAAAUGUGUGGUAUUUCAUCAACAAUAUCACCUGAUGAUGUAACAACAAAAAAUGUCAAAGAAUUUAUAUCUCCUUCCCAGUCAAUUUCUGCAGUGACAACACCAGUAUCUGGUAAAGCAAGACAUCAUGUUUAUUCCUGUCAAUCAUGUGAUAAAGUAUUUAAUCGGCGAUUAUCAUAUAAAAAACAUUUACUAAUACAUGUGGGUGAUAAACAUUAUUCUUGCACAUAUCCGGGAUGUAAACGAUUAUUUUAUACUCAACCGAAUCUCAAUCGUCAUAUUCGUACAGUUCAUUUACGAGUACGAACGUAUACAUGUACAUUUCCAAAUUGUGGUAAAACAUUUACUAGGAAUGAUACAUUAAAAAAUCAUCGUUCAAAACAUUUUCCAAAUAUGAUCAUGAAAUGUCCCUAUGUUGAUUGUGAUGAAAAAUUUCGUAUACGUUCAACGUAUCAUGCACAUUUAAAACGUCAUCGAACUGAUGGUAACAAACGUCAGAAUGGAAAUCUAAACAAUACAGUAUCUUAUGUGUGUACUAUACAAAAUUGCAGUUUUACAACGGGAAAUAAAUCAAGUUUAAAGCAGCAUUUAACAAAAGCACACAAAUAUGUUCAACAAAAAGACGAAGAUAUUCCUUAUGUUCAAAUUCAACGACAUUCAUUAGAACCAAACUUUGUUGAUAAUAAUACGAUAAACAAUCUUGCUCAAGUGACAACCAGUGCAUCACUGGUAUCUGAUCAACAUUCUCAAAUCCAGACAAUAAAAGCACCACCUUUGAAUCCAAUAGUGGUAAACAAUGAUCAAGCACAACAACCACAUUUUGAAGUGUUAAGAUAUUCAUCUCCGACACCUAUCCCAUCAACGUCAACAUUGACAACAGAAAAAGUUACCAUAUCUCCUCCUCUUGCGCCUGUUAUUGCUCCAAUUCAAAUUAGUGAUCAUCUUUUAAAAAUGAUGAUGAGAGAUAUUGAUCCAAAUAAUCUUGAUUGGUUAAAUAUAGAAAAUGAAGACAAUAUUCGACCUAGAAAACGACAAAAUAUAAUUACAAUUAGUCGUGAUAUGGAAUCAUUGUCAACUGUUGUUGUUGAAAAUUUAUGUGGAUGUGCACGAACAGAUUAUCGAAGUAAUCAUGCUGCACUUGAACGAGCAAAAUUUCGAAGAAAAUUGUUGACAUAUAAAAGAGCAUUACUGCAGGUCGACAUAAGAACGCCACCUAGCACAGAUAAUGAAGAAGAGGUGGACGAAGAUGAAGAUAUCAUGGGAUCACAUCAAUUGGAAUCGAGUCCAAAACGAAUGAAAAGAUGGGUGGAUGUUAAUGAUAGCAUAAUUGUAUAA